AUGGAUAACUAUACACAGAAAGAUAUUGUGAAAGCGAACAUUGAAAUUGAAAAUGUUAAUAUCGGCAACGACAACAAUAAAAGUAUCAAUAGUUCUAGCUCUACACCAAUUACACAACAGCAAGAAGUCCCGAACAUCAAUAUAACAACAAUGCCACCAUCAAUGUCAACCAAUUCAACGCGUACUGCACGAUUAGAGAUAAUAGGAAUGACGUGUGCAUCAUUUGUUUGCUCAGUACAAACAGCAAUAGAAGGCUUGGAUGGAGUGGAAAACGCACAAGUGAAUGCACUCACCAGUGAAGCAAUGAUAAAAUACAAUCAAUAUAAAAUUGGUACGCGUGAAUUAGUUGAAGCAAUCACCGAAGUUGGGUUUGAUGCUAAAAUAAUACCGUCAACCACAAAAUAUAAUAAUCUCGGAAACGCGAUACGAGAACGUGCAGAAAGAGAGCAACGACGAUUAAAAGAUCGAUUUAUUAUGUCACUUUGGUUCGCUAUACCCACUUUCAUAAUUUCAAUGAUAUUUAUGACUGCUCUACCAACCUCCAAUGAUGUACGCAUGGCAUUCAUGAAACAAAUCAUACCGGGAUUAGAAGUGGGAGCAUCGAUACUUUUCUUAUUGGCAACACCCGUUCAAUUCUAUCUCGGUGGUCCACUCUAUGUGAAAGCAUGGAAAUCAUUAUAUUAUGCGCGCGUUGCAGAUAUGGAUACACUAGUGACAAUCGGCACGACAAUCGCUUAUAUCGGAUCAAUUGUGAAUGUUGUUGUUCCAGUAGCAUAUAAAGAUCAACCAAGGCAACAGUUCUUCGAAACUAGUGUUUUAUUAAUCACGUUUAUUUUACUGGGAAGAUGGGUUGAAGCAAAAGCAAAGGGAAAAAUAUUCGAGGUUAUAUCGAACUUGAUGGAAUUACAACCAGAUAAAGCAAUUUUGGUGAAAUUUAACCAAAAUGGGAAAGCUGAUGAACAUGAAAUCGAUUCGGAUUUAAUUCAAAGCAAGUUAUUUGAUACAUAUUGA